AUGAAAAUGCUCACUUUUGUCGGAGGAAUGGUUUUCUCCACUGCUGUAAACAAACGUUACGAACCUCUUUCUCCUGGCGAGUAUGAGCUGAGCUUUUAUCGACGAAACUUUUGCUUCACGUCUGCGAUUACAACCAAACCAAACUUGGAAGCAAAUAUGGAUAAUUAUCAAAUUCUUUGA